AUGCCGAUAUUUCUCGAUGAUCGAUGCUCAAUUGAGCGCCGUUUUUUGCGUCGUGAAUUACAUUCUUCCCCUAUAAAUUUUGUGCGUGAAUCAGUUGCUGAACGACAUUUGAUUGAACAUUUGACACACAGUUUGACUCUCGAGGGUCAUGAAGGCUGUGUUAACUGUCUGCAGUGGAACAGAAGUGGAACCUUAUUGGCGAGUGGUUCAGAUGAUAUGCAAGUUUUUUUAUGGAACAUAAAAGGAGAAAAGGUGCAUAGUUUUAAUUCCGGUCAUUUGAAUAAUAUUUUUUCGGUGCAAUUUCUACCAGGUGGCGCAGAUGAAAUAAUUCUGACUGCUUCAGGCGAUAGUAGCGCACGAAUGCAUGUAUUAUCAGGUAGAAAUAGUGAUCCUCCUACUGUUUGGUGGUCCGAUGGUCGCGUAAAACGUCUCGCAGUAACGAAUUCUGAUCCUUUAAUUUUCUGGUCUGCAUCAGAGGAUGGUCUUAUCAAGCAAUAUGAUGCUCGUACUUCGACUGCGUUAUCUUUAAUAGUUUUUCCUGGCAAAGAAUGUAAAUCAUUAGCAAUAAAUGAGACACGACCUGAAAUGAUUGCAGUGGCAUUAAAUGAAGCGGCGGUUCCUAUAUAUGAUCGUAGAAAUUUAUCUAAACCACUUUUAGAACUGAUUCCCGGUCAUAUUCCGAUUACAAAGCUUAAUUCAAGGCAUUCUUUCCGAUCUCUCUCAGUUACACACGUUGGCUUCAAUUCACUUGGUAAUGAAAUGAUCGCAAAUAUUGGUGGGGAACAAAUUUAUAUUUUCAAUGUACUUGAUAGGGUGAAUGAGCCGGACACAUUGCAGUCACUUAAUGAAGUGUUCGAAAGAAAUGUGCCAUAUUCUGAAAAUAUAGAUAAUAUUGAACAGAAAGGAAGUGAGAGGUUCAAAGCUACAAGGGAACGUGCUAAGAUUCAUUUUAAUAAUCGGGAAUAUACGAAUGCAAUAGAAAUGUAUAGUUAUGCAGUUCUUGAGUGCGAGAAAUUGUGCGGAACUGAUCCACCGCCAGAUCGUGAAUAUGCUAUUGACUUAUCGAUUUUAUUGUCCAAUCGUGGUGCUUGCUACCUUCGUCGUUUGUGGGAAGGUGAUGCAUAUGCGAGUCUAAUGGAUAUGAUUCGUGCUUUAAAAAUAGAACCAAGGAACACCAAACUCUAUUAUCGAAUUGUUAAGGCUUUAGUCGAAUUGAAGCAAUAUGAUUCUGCGAGAAAAAUUAUUCAGUCAUUUAAGCAAAGGUUUCCUGGUUAUGUUAUGGCUGAUAGACUUGAUGGAAUGGUAGACGAUAAUUCAACGACAGAAGUCGAAUGGAAAUCAAGUACUACCAGUGAUUAUAUGCAACGUCUCUGUGGUCAUUGUAACACGAAUACUGAUAUAAAGGAAGCUGUGUGGUUUGGUGGUAACGACGAAUUCAUAGCAGCAGGUAGUGAUUGUGGAUCUUUAUUCAUCUGGGAGCGUAACUCUGGUGCACUUAUCAAGGGUUUUAAAGCUGACAAUAAUAUUUUAAAUUGUGUGCAACCACAUCCUUCAUGUUGUCUGUUAGCUACUUCAGGAAUAGAACGUGUCAUUCGUUUUUGGGAGCCAUUAAAUAAAAAUGUUUCUGAGGCAGAUUCUUGUCGCGAACACAGAAAUCUUUCAACAUUAUGCGCUGAGAACCAAAGGCGUAUGAAUACGGGUUUUUUCGAAAUGGUCGUUGCUUCAAUCGGUUUCGCUGUACAAAAUGAUUUUGACGAUGAACGUCAAGAUAGGAAUUUUGGUUGUAAUACAAGUUGA